AUGCAGCAGCCACGCAGCGGCUUCAUGGAGCAGAUGGGUCAAGAAAGACACGCAGCGAGCCGAACACCCGCCGAGUUACGAACCGGGUUUCUUGGAUUUGGCAUGGGUCCAACAAAGGCAGCGAGGUUCAUGAUUCAAUUCGGGUUGAGUGGUCUAAAAGCUCGCGCUCGUAAGCAGCGAUGGGAGGAGGAGGUCGAAUUGUUGCGAGAGGAAAUGAAGCGAGUCCUGCGGUCGCUCCGAUGGACGCAGAAUCAGUGGCAGGUUCGUGCUGACAGGCAACGGGACGACGUCAACAUGCAUGUUGCUGCAGGCCUACGGGCCUAUGCAUUGCGGCAGGUAGACAUUCAUCGACGGAUGGCCGAGCGCUUCUACUCCGAAUGGGGUAGAUCCCUUGCAAAUGCGGUCCGAGCCGUUGUCAAGGAGGAUGAAGGUGUUUUGGAUGGUGCAUUCGAUGGACUUACAGACAAUGACAUGCAGAUUCUCUGA